GCUGCUGUUACUACUGCUGUUGCUGUUGUUAUUGCUGCUGCUGUUGUUGCUGUUGCUGCUGUUAUUGCUGUUGCUGCUGCUGUUGUUGCUGCUGCUGCUGAACAGUCUUCAGCGAUGGCCACGGUUAUCCCCAAGCUCGAGCAGCUGUCUUCACGGGUGUUCCGGGUGCUGGGCUGUAACCCGGGGCCCAUGACUCUGCAGGGGACCAACACGUACCUGGUGGGCACGGGCAGCAGACGAGUGCUGAUCGACACGGGGGAGCCCAAUAUUCCCGAGUACGUGGCGAACCUGCAGACGGCGCUGGCACAGCUGGGCAGCAGCGUGCAAGAGAUCAUCCUCACGCACUGGCACCACGACCACGUUGGGGGCAUCUCCGAUGUCUGCCGUGCCCUCGCCAUCGGUACCGGUGUGCGGCUGUCGAAACUACCGCGAGUGCCGCCACGGCGCGAGGAGGUGUUGGACGGCGAGGGUUUGGAGUACACGUUCCUGCGCGAUGGCGACGUCGUCACCACCGAGGGGGCCACGCUCCGGGUGGUGUACACGCCGGGACACACGGACGACCACAUGGUGCUGCUGCUGGAGGAGGAGGGCUCGGUCUUCUCGGGCGACUGCAUCCUGGGCGAGGGCACGGCCGUGUUCGAGGACCUCUACACGUACAUGCGCUCGCUCGACCUGCUGCUCAAUCUCAAGCCCAAGCUCAUAUACCCCGGCCACGGGCCGGUGGUGCAGGAUGCGCAGGAGAAAAUCCGCGGCUACGUGUCACACCGGCAGGCACGCGAGCGGGCGGUGAUGUCCAUCGUCAGCGCCCACGCCGGGAAAGAGCUCUCGCUGGAGGAGCUUGUGCGCCUCGUGUACACGGACACUCCUGAACACUUGUAUAAGGCAGCAUCCUGGAAUUUGCACCAGCACCUCAAGAAGUUGGAGAAGGAGGGCGCAAUUGUCAGAGUGGGAGAAGGAGAGGAGGGAAAGUGGAAGAGCAAGCUGUGAGCGACACCGCGCAGCAGUGCACUGUGCCUUACUGGCCACCCGAUGGUGUGCUUCAGUACUUGACAUCAGGGUCUGAAGUUGCCAGUUGCCACACCUCCACCAGCUUAUGGUCGGUUGUGUCUACAGGGCACGUGGGUUGCCUUCACGGAGUUUAGCUGAGUGGGCCCAGGUUGGUUCAGGAGGCUCAUAAUUGCUGUCAGCACACAGACCCAGCAAUGCUGAGAAUUAUUGGUUAAAAUUUUGGUGGAAGCCAUCCCAGAUCAAACCACGAUUUCAAGUGUAAUGCGUUUCAUGGUAUCAGCCAGACCACCUAUUAUUGUAGGAAGAUUAAAAAAGGACUAUUAAUUUUGUUUAUCACAGCUCUGACAGUUGAAGUUUCUAGGUAUAUGGAGUGAGUAAUGUGCAGUAAACAGUUUUUUUACAAACGCGAACGAGUGCCAUGUUGUAUUGGGAAUGAAAGAGUUAUUGGCGUCAUUUCAGGAAGUGCUUCUGUGGUGUCAUGUCUAGGGGCUGUUUCCUGACUUGAUGGAUUGCUCUGCUCGUUGUGUUUCAAAAGAACAUUUCUUCACCUCAUUGCAUAAUUAAAGCAGCAUAAUUGGUGUAACUUUGCUUAUAUAACCCCAAAAUAUAGAGUAAAAAAACAAGGAUUUUUUUUUUUUACUUAAGACUUCUAACACUGUUUCAGCGAACGAAUCGUUAUGAAUGAUAUAUGAGAGUCUGUUAAUGUGAUAGAUUGCGUUCGAAAUAUAAGACAGGAUUCGAGAAAUGCGGACUCUACAUUUCUCUGGCAAAACAAAUGCAUUUUUGGCAUCUGUGUGUGCGUUAUACUGUUGAAUGUACCGGUGAACUGAUUGAAAGAUUUUGAAUCGCGGUGGGUAAUCUUGGCUCGGUGAGAUGAGUAGAGCCAGUGGUGCGUGAUUCUUACGAUUUCACACAGUUAUGUGUGCCUAUAUUAUGGAUAAGUUGAUGUUGUGUUGAACUUGCUUUUAUGGUCUUUAAAUAAUAAUGCAAAUUCUGAAUAACUUUACUAAGACUGAGAAUUCUGUUUUAUUUGAGAAUGUGGUUCUGCUGAAGGCAUCGAUAUUUUACAAAAUCACUUCAAUCAAUGUUGUGCACUUGCGUGUGUAUGUGUGGGUGCAUGUGUGCAUAUGCAAGCAUGAGCAGAUAACCAUCAUCUGGAAAAGAUUUGUACUUUCCAGAGGUGACAUGCUUUUGUGUCAGAUUUUACAAGUCCAUAUCUAUAUAUUGUUCAAAUUAUAAUUUAUUUAAUGUAUUUUUGGGCAGUAAUGUGGGCAGGUUGGAUUGUGUUUCAGGAUUGGUACACAGGUUCACGGUUCGAAUCCAGUGGCCGCCCUGGGUAAUACUGCAGAUGUAAUAACCAUACAAAUACGCGGUCUGCUUUAGAGUGGAUGUUAAAGAUUCUGUGAUGUCAUUCGCAAGAGUCGGCCAUUGUGUGCCGUUAUCUUUGUCCACAUUUGUAAAAUCAUCCGCAAACUACUCAAUUAGGUUUGUGGCAUGAACCUGUGACUUCACUCAUGAAUGGUGACAUAACUAAGAAUGAUAAUGGUGCUUAAUCCUCUUUCCUGUAAUGUCAAUACCGAGUUUUGACCCCUCCAAUUACAUCCCUCAAUUGAGUAAAAUCUUGAGGUAUAGGCAAUUCCAAGUCAUCUUGAUCCUGAAAUUUCUAGGCAUUGCCAUGGUAUUGGUAUUGCUGUUGUAAAGAUUACACGAAGAGCACUUCAUAUACAUGAACUCGAGUUGCCAUCAAUCCAGGUAUAAUGAGUAUUUGGUACAUUACCAGGGUCACUGAUUGUCACAUAAACACGCACUAUCAAUAAGAACCUGACACCCCACCAAUUUAUGUGAGAUGUAAAAUGUACAGAAAUUUGAAAUCAAGAGCACAGGCGAUAUAAGUUGGGCACUACAUUAUACAGUAAUUUAGUUUGUUAGUUUGAUUGAAUGGCUUCUUAACCUCAUUUUAAUAGUUUUGAAAACCACAUUGCCCUGUACUUUUAGCCACAAUUUCCCUGCACAUUAUUUAAAUUCUACAUUGCUUUUAAUCACUUUUAUUAAAUUUUUACAAGUAUUUUCAUCACUAUUA